AUGGCGAUCUGUACUUAUAACGCACGUACGCUUGCAUCGGAAGCGGCCAUCGAAGAUCUGAUGAUGCAAGCCAAGAAGAUCAAGUACGACGUCAUCGGACUGACCGAGACGAGACGACGUCACCCUCUCAACGCCGUAUAUGAAACUGGAGAAGAACUGUUCUUAGGAACAUGCGACAGUAGAGGUGUUGGUGGAGUUGGCGUCCUCGUCAACACGAGUAUGGCAAAGAACAUCGACUCUUUUGAACAACUUACGACCCGAAUCGGACGUCUGCGGAUGAGAAGAUGUGGCCCAAUACCAGCUUUGACUAUCUUCGUCGUUUACGCUCCAACAUCAAGCUACGAAGAAGAAGAAGUCGAAGCUUUCUAUAUGGACCUGGAGAAGUUCUACCAAGAAGAUCAUGCCUUCUACAAGGUCAUAGUUGGCGAUUUCAACGCUAAGGUUGGCCCAAGAAGAACGCCGGAGGAACUUCACAUCGGGACCCACGGCCUACAAUGGAAUGACCAGGGAGAGAGGCUCUCCGAGUUCAUCAUGACGACUAAGACCAUCCAUGGGAACUCGCAAUUUCAGAAGCCCUCUUCUUUACGCUGGACGUGGGAGUCACCCGGUGGAGGGUACCGUAAUGAAAUAGACCACAUCAUCGUCAAUAAAAGGUUCUGCCUGACGGACGUCGGUGUUGUACCAAAGUUCUAUACGGGAUCGGACCAUCGCCUCCUCCGAGGAAGAUUUUCCUUCACAAGGAGAGCAGAGAAAGCCGCCAAGUUCAGAGAGAGAAAUCCCAGGACUACCAUCAACUGGGAUCUCUUUGCUACGCUAGUCGGCUUUUGGGAAGAUUCUGCAAUGGACAACAUCGACGAGAAAUAUGACCGGCUUGUCGAACACCUUCACGACUGCGCGAAGAAGGCUGAGAGUUUUAAAACCACCAAGAGGCGUCUGUCUCUUGAAACUCUUGAGCUGAUACGCCAGCGUGGAGCAGCACGAGCCGCAGGGAACCAAGAACUCACGUCCGAGCUCGCAAGGCUUUGCCGAGAGGCGAUAAAGGAAGACCUUAAAGAGAGAAGAGCAGAAGUGCUGGCUGAAGCUGCAGAGGCGGGGAAAAGCAUCCGCUAUGCCCGUCGAGACUUCGCCAGUCGCAAGACGAGGAUGACUGCUCUCCGGAACCCAAAGGGAACAGCCAUUGCAUCGAGAAGGGGGAUGGAGAAAAUCAUCUACGACUUCUACUCUGAUCUCUUCGACAGCCAUGUCCACUUGCCUCCUCACCAUCUGAGGGAAGAUGGACAAGUCAUUCCAGAGGUUCUCCCGUCCGAAAUACGACAUGCUAUCAUGUCGAGCCUUCCGCCAGUACUCAUCAACACCCUGGCGAGGCUCUUUACACGUUAUCUGUCGGAAUGCAAGGUUCCUAAACAGUGGAAGACCAGCAAGACCGUGUUGUUGUAUAAAAAGGGAGAUCCACAUGACAUCGGCAACUAUCGUCCAAUCAGCCUACUGUCCGUCAUCUACAAGCUCUUUACAAGAGUAAUCCUUAAUAGGAUUGAAAAAGUCUUGGAUGAAGGACAGCCAUGCGAGCAAGCAGGGUUUCGAAAGGGAUUCAGCACGACUGACCACAUUCACACUGUUUCGAAACUCAUCGAGGUAUCACGAGAGUACAAGAUCCCGCUCUGUCUCACCUUCAUCGACUUAAAGAAGGCUUUCGACUCGGUUGAGACGGAAGCGGUCGUGGAAGCCUUGUCGUGUCGUGGACAACCAAGGCGUCCCUACUCAGUAUAUAAAGAACGCAAUGCGAAAGUUGGAAUAUGGGACGACAUGGGAGUGAAGGUUGAUGGUCGGCAGCUACACCAUUUGCGCUUUGCUGAUGACAUCGUACUGGUAACACCUAGCAUCAGCCAAGCGGAACGAAUGCUGACCGAAUUCGACGAAACAUGUGGAUGCAUCGGUCUUCAGCUGAAUCUACAAAAGACGAUGUUCAUGCGGAACGGAUGGGUCUCGGAUGCCCCAUUCACGCUCAACGGAACGAACAUAUCCGAAUGCACCAGCUACGUUUAUCUGGGUCGGGAACUGAACAUGAUGAACGACCUGACCCCCGAGCUGGGCAGGAGGAGACGAGCGGCUUGGGGAGCGUACAAGAGCAUCGAGGAUGUAGUGAAGAAGACCAGGAACACCCGGCUCCGUGCUCACCUCUUCAACACCACCGUACUUCCUGCUUUGACCUAUGCUUCGGAAACCUGGGCAUUUCGCAAGCAGGAAGAAAACGCGGUGAGCGUCAUUGAACGCGCAAUUGAGAGAGUGAUGCUAGGAGUAUCCCGUUUCACGGAAGUGAGGGACGGGAUUCGAAGUUCUCUCCUACGUCAGCGAUCGAAGAUUAGAGACGCCGCCGCGUUUGCCAAGGAAAGUAAAAUAAGGUGGGCCGGACACGUGAUGCGCUUUAAUGACAACCGUUGGACCAGAGCUGUGAGCGACUGGGUUCCCCGCGAUAUUAAGCGCACUACAGGAAGACCGCCGACCCGAUGGUCAGAUUUCUUCACGAAGUCCUUGAAAGAAAAAUAUGAUGCUCUUCGUGUCCCACGCGAAAGGAGGAACCACUGGGCUACUCUGGCACGCGAUCGGGACAAAUGGAAGAAUUACUGGCGCCCGCUCGACCAGUUCGAAGAUCAACGGGAGUCAAGGUAUGAGGAAGUUGAAAGGCUACUUAUUGAUGAAUUUGGUCGCGCCCAACGUGACGAAAAGAAGAUGGCUGAGGUGGCGAAGAUUCUUAGUGAAUUCAAGGGUUACUCGCAUUGUGUUGCACGAUACGUAGAGUUUAUCCUAUCGCUUUUCCGAGCUGGCUGCGAUGAUGUUUACGCCGAAGCUCUUCAGCUGGUUCGAAAUCAUAAACCGAAGAUAGAAGCAAUAUUUCCAAGUCCAACAGCUGUUGUACAGAAACUAAUCCUCAGUUUAUACACUGGACGACUUAAAGAACAUAUUUAUGCGAAGCUGCGAGAUUGUAAAGAAAGCGAUGAUCGAGAAGGAUAUUUAGUGGGGCUAGCUCAGUCGUAUACGAGCAUUUUACGUCUCAACAAAGACCUUGAAGCCCUCCAUGUCAGUUCUGAUGCUUCAUUUCUUCCAACUCUGACGCGAUCUAUUUUUGACAGAUAUCUGUCGACGUAUCCUAAUGAGGAGCUGGACUACCUAAAUGCUCAAUGCAACAAUAUUUUGCAUCGAUUUUAUGAAUCAAAGAAGCACGUCAAAAAGCAAAUCCAUAGCGGAGGGCUACAAGAACUGAAAAGAGAUGUACAAGCUCGUUUAUUGACCGUGGAAACUUAUGGCGGUGAAACAUUUCUUUCUGAAGACGUAGCGAUCAGCAUCCUUCAAGAGACAAAAAAUGCGUUUAACAGGGUGUCACAGCUUUGUGAGAAGUCCGAAGUUCCUAAACAGAGUGAAAGUAUUCUUGAUAUCCUGUUGAAGUAUCUUUAUUCGGAACACUUAGAUUAUGCUGUUGAGUUGGCCAUUGCAGGUAUUAGUUUGGCUGAGCCGAAGGUGAGCCCGCCAGCCUACUUUUUCUCCGUAGUAUCACAGAACACUACCAUAGUGCUGCUGCUGAUGAAGCAAUAUGAGGAUUCCGUACUCCCUCUCAUCAAAGGAUCUGUCGUUGAACAAUGCGUAGCGAAGAAGUGGUCAUCCUCAUUGCGAUCACUCGAGCAGAAGAUUAAUAUGGGACUGGAGCGACAGUUGAACGCAAUUGUCGGUUACGUUCGAUUUGUUCUGUCGUCUGAACAAAAAAAGGCUGACUUCCGCCCGGAUACUCAGCAGAUUAAUCUCGGAGCAUCAACACCUUGCCAGCAGGUCGUGCGGUUCUUGAACUCACAAGCUGCUGCUAUGGAAAGGGGAUGUGAUGGAGGAAAUCUUGUUGUUUUGCAAACGGAGUUGGCGAACCGGUUGUAUAAGCUUCUAUUGAAUCAUAUCCAGCAGUUUAUUUUCAAUUCUGCUGGUGCUAUGUUGCUGCUCUGCGAUCUGAAUGAGUACAGAAAGUGUGUCUCGCAGUGGCGUCUUGAAGCAACCGCUUCGAGGCAAUUUGAGAGUCUACACGCUCUAGCAAAUCUCCUUGUCGUUCUCCCGGAGAAUCUUACAGAUGCGGCGCAUAGCCCCAUGCUAGCGGAUGUUGAUCACACUCUCAUACAAGACUUUCUGAAACUUCGGCAUGAUUAUAGAAACCUCAAAGUUAAUGUAAACUUGUCGGAGGAGAUGUCUAAAGAAGCACUACGACUGAAAGAUGAGGGUAAUGUAUGCUUCCGUGAGAAACGUUACCAUAAAGCUAUUGAACUCUACACUCAGAGUCUGCACUUGGAGCAGUCCCCUACUGUAUUAGCAAAUAGAGCCCAAUCCUAUCUGAACCUCAAAGAAUGGGCAAAAGCUAUUAUGGACUGUAAUCGCGCACUCGAAAUCGAUUCGAAAAUGGAGAAGGCUCUUUACAGACGGGCCCAUGCUCUUGAGAAAAUCGGUUUGAAGGCAUCUGCACGUAAAGACUUGAAGCGUUGCCUAGAAAUUGGUUCUAGUUCGGCAAUCGAGACUAUGAUAGAAAAACUCACCGAUCAGCUCGAUGCUGAGGUUAUAGAUGUACCUUGCGUCGAAAAAGGAGACGAAAUACGCUCUGGCUCAGAAUUCACUGAGAUAAUUAUUGAUAUUCCUCGACAGAGCAACAAGGAGGAGCUGAAAGAGAAAGAACAAUCGAACGAUGAUGUUGGUCUGAUCUAUGAGCCUAGCAUGUAUCCUCCCCCAACCACUCUCCGACAGUUCUCCAAAGAUUAUCGGGAGUUGCAACGAUUACCACCGGAAAAUUUUGCCAAGUACUUCCUGUCAGUAUCAACAUCGACAUACUCCUCCUUAUUUGGUGAACUUAUGGAAACAGAGAUGAUAAGUCGCUUGAUCCAAGGUUUUGCCUCUCUUCUCAAUUCAUCGAAUGUGAACGCUGCUGAAGUGUCAGCAUGUUUGCUGCGCCUCGUCGAUGUACCAAGGUUUGAACUGUUGGUGAUGCUUCUUGGCGAUGAUGAAAGGAAAGAUCUUCUCCACAUUUGCCUCAGCUUGCCAGAACCCGAUGUCGUCUUCAUCCGUGAAAAGUAUCAUCUGGAGGAGUAA